ACUUUCCAUGUAUAUUCUUCAGAGUUAGUAUUAUAAAUCUUUCAAAACCUUAACUUAAACCCCAAUUCCUAACCCUAAUUCCCAUUUCAUUUAAAUCCCUCUCGCCUGGGUUUCUUUCUCUCUCUAUAUUUUUGUGUUUUUUUUGCAGAAAAUGGAGGGUCUUCUUUGCUCAAACACUGUCGUUUUGGAGAGCUUCCUCUCUUCUUUAAUGGAAGCUGUAGUACUUGAAACAGCCAUUGCUGCUUCGAAGGCGCUUGCUUUGUCACUUUUCAUGAUAGGUUCUUUGCCUACUGGAUCCAGUGUCUUCCCAGAAGAGUCUGGCACAAGUCAAGGGUUUCCUUUGACUGAGCUUCACACAAAGAAGAAACCUGAUCCUGACAAUCAAGAUGGCAGUGAUACCGAGGAUGAUGAAGAGGAUGGCGAUGAGGAUGGCCAAGAUGAUCAGGAUGAUGAUGAAGAAGGUGAUGAUGAGGAUGAGAGUGGAAAAGACGGUAAGGAUGGUGACGAUCCAGAGGGUGAGCCUGAGGCCAAUGGUGAUGGUGGCAGCGACGAUGACGACGAGGAAGAUGGUGAUGAUGAGGAAGAUGACGACGAGGAAGAUGAUGAAGAUGAUGAGGAAGAUGAAGAUGCUGAUGACGACGACGAGGAAGAUGAGGAAGAUACUCCCCAGCCACCAGCUAAGAGGAGGAAAUGAUUAAAAUCAUCAUCCCUUUUGUUCUUAUUUUGUUUUAUGCUUUCUUGUUAGGUUGGGAGUUUAGGUUAAUGGGAGUGUAGCCUGGGAGGAUUCGGGGUGUCUUAUCUGCAUCAUGGUAAAAAGGAUUGUGGUAAUUGUGUGGACACAUCUUGGUAUUUCUGAUGUUAAGAAUUCCGUGGUAUUUAUUCGCAGUUGCACAUUUCCCUGUGUUAUAA